UUACAGGCCUACUGUAACAGUGGACUGCCGGCGAAUCAAGCACCGACAUGAUGGACAUACGUCCGAAUAACACAAUUUACAUCAACAACUUGAACGAAAAGGUGAAGAAAGAUGAGUUGAAGAAGUCGCUGUACGCCAUAUUCUCGCAAUUUGGCCAAAUUUUGGACAUCAUCGCGCUCAAGACGCUCAAGAUGAGGGGCCAGGCGUUCGUCGCUUUCAAGGAUAUCAACAGUGCUACCAACGCUCUGAGGUCAAUGCAGGGCUUCCCUUUCUACGACAAGCCGAUGCGCAUCCAGUAUGCAAAAUCUGACUCGGAUGCCGUGGCCAAACUCAAGGGUACCUUCGUAGAAAACUCUCGAAAGCGCACGCCUGCAGAUGGCGAGGCAGCACCGAAGAAGAGCAAAAAGAAGAAGACACAACCGCAGGCACAGCCACAACCUGCAAUGAUGAUGAUGGGUGCCGGCAUGCCCAUCGCAGCAGCGACGGGAGCCCUACCAGAGCAGCCCCCGAACCAGAUUCUCUUCCUAACCAACCUUCCGGAGGAAACCAACGAGAUGAUGCUCUCUAUGCUGUUCAACCAGUUCCCUGGCUUCAAGGAGGUGCGGUUGGUGCCUGGCCGGCACGACAUUGCCUUUGUGGAAUUUGAGAAUGAGAUCCAGUCAUCGGCAGCCAAAGAGGCCCUGCAAGGCUUCAAGAUCACACCGACGCAUGCCAUGAAGAUUACAUUUGCCAAGAAGUAGUCCACGUACGAAAUCUACGGCAUUGUGCCCACGGGACUUUCUCUUUUUCCUCAUUGGCCACGUUUCUUUGUUUGGUCUGCUUUCUGUUUUUUUUUGUGUGUGUGUGUGCACAUCAUGAUCUAUGAGUUAGCAGUAAUAAACUGCUUCAUCAUC